UGGCGGGCAUUCAAAACCAAAUUCAAUAAUAUAACAGACGUGUGCUUUGUUCUUAAAUAUUAUUUAUUUUUCUGUAAAUAAAUGCACAGUGUGAUAUUUUUGAGAAUAGUGACAGAAAAACUGUUUGAGAAUUAAAAUUAUUAAAAAUUUUACAAAAUAAAUUGUUUCUUCCGUUUAUAAACUAAUGGGCUAAGGUUCGGUGAACUUUUAAUCUGUAGUACAGCAAAACGUCUAAAAAUAUGUUGCGGUGAAUAACACUGACCGUAUUUCCGACUGGUGAAUUAUAAUACUCUAAAUUCCAAGUGCGAUGAUCUACGGAACAGACGUAUAUUACUUGUAGUGUUUCUAGAUGUGAUAUUACUGUGUUCGAAAGGAUUUUCGAAAAGAUCCGACGUCUGAAAUUAUUCAUUAAGUAUAGUUUGUGAGUGAGUAAAUAUUCAAAUGAGUCGAGGACCAACGAUUGUUCGAAUGCCGCCCGGUGGCGGCGCCAAUGCUCGAGGCUUUAAAUGUUGCUGCUGUCGAUGUUGCGAGUGUCUCAACAUAGGCUAUUUAACUACUCAACAUGGUCUUAUUAAGCUUUGUGAAGCUAUGUUAGGCGGAUUGUGCCAGAGUUUGCUGGUAAAGUAUGGAAUGUCUGCAGCCGGCACUAUGGGAUCCGCAUUCCACGGUUUCCUGACGACGGCAUCAGCGUGUCUUUUAACAACUGCACUCCUGAUAACAUGCUAUGUGCUGUCUUCCAAAACUCAGCAACUCAUGCGGCAAACUAUUUUUGAAUGGCUGUUCAAUGCUGUAGCAUGUUUCCUAUAUUUGUCUGCUUCUUCGUGCCUGGGCCUGGCAGUAAACAUCUACUUAUACCCGCAAUAUGUUUUAAUGCCCAUGUACGCGGCAUAUCCCACGAUGACUGCUGUUUAUUACAUCGGCGUGGUUGUGGGAAUAAUUCACGGAGUAGACGCCUAUUUAAGUUAUAAGUAUUAUAAAAAUUUAAUAUACUAAUUAGCCUAAAUCAGCGGCCUUGUUGGUGUAGUCGUAUAGGUUUGAUUGCUGUGCUGAGGUCUUGGGUCUUAAAUUGUGUCCCGUUACCGAUAAAUUGCAGUCGGCGCAAUCCCCAUUUCAUGGGACCUAAAAUAGUUGACUUCUGUUGUUACACCUCUGUCUACCCUUGAAAAGGGAAAAGGCAUGAUAAUAAUGUAUUGUAUCUACUAAUUUCCAUAAAUAUUACAUAUAAGUAACUGUGCUUUAAAUCUUUUCCUUUGAGGAGUGAAUAAAUUCCAGUAAGUAUUAAAUAUGUAAUGAAGCUUAUAAAAUAUAUUUAAUAAAAAAA